AUGGCUUCCAAGAUGCCCCCUAGUCAGGCCAGUUCAGGCCCCCCUUGGCUGCCCACGGUAUGGGCUUUGGGCGGAAAAUCCGAGUUACAUAUCGACGUACCCAUAACGGCCGUCUUGCUUCUCUUCUACGUCUGCGGAGCAGCGACUCAUAUGACCAUUUUCCAAUUGAAUAGAAGACGCGGCCAUAAAUUUCUUUUCUCUGCGGUACUCUUUGGUUUCUGCAUGGCCCGGACCGUAACUUGCAUCCUCCGCAUCUCCUCUAUCUGCAAGCCGCACAACAUCCGACUUGCUAUCGCCGCCUCGAUCUUCGUAGCGGCCGGUGUACUGCUAAUCUUUGUCAUCAAUCUGGUAUUCACACAGCGCCUCUUACGUGCUGCGCAUCCUCAUUUUGGCUGGCAUCGUGCCUUAUCGCUGGCACUGAAGGCUAUUUAUGUCCUGAUCGUUCUCACCCUUGCCAUAGUCAUCACUGGAACGGUAGAAUCCUUCUACACUCUUCGGCCUAGGACGCGUAAAAUCGAUCGCAGUCUCCAGCUCUACGGCUCUACCUUCUUGGCCAUAAUCUCGUUUCUACCCAUCCCAAUGGUCAUUUUCGGUCUUCUGGUACCCCGCAAGACGCGGGUCGAAAAGUUUGGCCAGGGUCGCUUUAGAACAAAGGUCAUCGUCCUUCUUCUCGCAGCGUUUUCUGUCACUCUUGGUGCUUGGUACCGCUGCGGAACGUCAUGGAAGACACCGGUACCUCGAACGGAGCCCCUUCCAGGCUAUUUCUCACGGGCCUGCUUCUACGUCUUCAACUUUGUUGUUGAGAUUCUUGUAGUAUAUCUCUACGCCAUCCUAAGAAUUGAUCUGAGAUUCCACAUCCCCGACGGCGCGAAGGGUCCGGGGUCAUAUGCUGCGGGCCAGAAGCAGGACGGGGACAAGGAAGAGCAAGGCCGGCGAAUCAGCAGGGUCUAUACCGAGGAAGAGACAAGUCUGCGUCCACUCCGGAGCAACCGCCUUUAG